AUGACUCGUCUCCGUGGUCUUGUGGUUUUGUGCGUUGCGGCCGUGCUGGCCUCUUCCCAAGAUCCGGAAGAUCUGGCCGAAAAUUGGAUAGGGCGCAUCGUCGGUGGCCAGAAUGCGGUGGCAGGCCAGUUCCCUUAUCAGGUGUCGUUGCGGACGGCGCUGGAUGGGUACCACUUUUGCGGUGGGGCCAUCAUUGGAGGCCAGUGGCUGCUGACCGCGGCGCACUGUGUGAGUGAUCGCACCCCGGACGAGACGGUGGCCUUGGUGGGGUCGCUCUGGAAGCAGCGCGGUGGCGUCGAGUACGGUAUCGGCCAGAUCAUUGUGCACCCGAACUAUAACGAGUGGACCCAGGAGAACGACAUCGCGGUGUUGCGGCUCCGGAGGACCAUCCACUUCAAUACGGCCAUCUUUCCGGUACGGAUGGCACGCAGCUACGCCUCCGAUGGGCUGGCGGUGCUCGCUUCCGGUUGGGGCCUCAGCUCGACGAGUCCCGCCGUAUCGCCCGAUGUGCUCCAGUACGUGGCGCUGCGCACCAUUAGCAACCAGGACUGCCGGAAGCGGUUUGCUAGCAUCGAGAACCGCGCCGUUACACCGUCCAGCUUGUGCACGUUCAGCCGCACACGGCAGGGCACUUGUCUGGGAGACUCUGGCGGUCCGCUGGUGAACGAUGGCCAGCUGGUGGGACUGGUUUCGUGGGGGAUUCCGUGUGCCGCCGGCUAUCCCGAUGUCUACGUACGGGUGGCCUCCUAUCGGGCCUGGAUAACCGCCAUCACUGGCAUUAACUAG